UAUAUAUAGGGCUGUCUAAAUAUACAUGUCUAUAUAUAAUGCGUGUCCAUAUAGCUGUGUGGAGAGAUAUAUAUAUAUGUGCUGAGAAAUGGUUUGAAAUUGCAGCAAUGCUGUGAGAUCAUCUCUGCUUGCACCAGGCAGAGCCAGGUGUCAGCCAGGCAGGAUACGGCCCCUUAAGUGUGUGUCCCUCCCUGUUCCCCCAACCUUCAGCUUCCUCGGAAUGCGAAGGUCACUCUGCAGCAUGCCACCCGCUCUGCCUCCUUCCUGCUGAACCUGAUCCCUGCGUGCACGGCCUGGCCAAGGCCACUGGCCAGAGCCACCCCUGGGGAUGGCUGGGGAGUGGUUCCCAGGUGGGAUUUAGGGGAGUACGCAGGUUGGCAGGAGCAGUGAGGGAACAGAGGUGCAGGCUGGGUGGGGUGCGUUUGGCCCGUGUUGGCUUUUGUAGACAUGCGGUUUUCCCAGUGGCUUUGGGGGCCUCAAGCAGCCCGAGGAGCCAAGGAAAGCGGAAUCCGCUCAGAGUUGUGCGGUGUGAUGGAUGGGCUGUCGCCGCGGGGUCCCCUCUUGCACCGUGGUGCUGAGUGGCAGAGUUGUCUUCGUAAUUGGGAGGAAAUACGGCUGCCAGAGCUGGGGGGCACCUGGCACGUGUGUGGGUCACCAGGCUCACAGCAGGAGGCCAGGGCUGUGUACUCCUGCCUGGGAACUGCAGCGGAUGUUGUGCACAGACGAUGGUCAGAGCUUCCCUACAGGCUGUGAGAUGCUGUCAGGGGGUUCGUGAUGGGGACUCCCACCCACUGCCCUGCAAGAGCUGCUCUCAAGGGCUGAGCACGGCUGUCCUGUCCCGGGUGGGAUGGAGAGCAGCUUUGGCGGCUCAGGGGGCUGCCCUCAGCCCCACUCCCGAGUCCCCAGCCUGAGGCUGGGCUGGGUUGGGCGUGCAGCUGCCGUGUCACCCCCCGAACCCCGGGCGGGGGGCUGCAACUUGACCCUGUCCCCAGGGUCCCGCGGCCUCGUCCCGGCGAGGCGGACAAGUUAAUUCUCAGAUGGAUGCGCCCCCGAUCACCGCAUCUGCCGCUCGUACUGGGCAGGGGGGGCUGGCGGGGUCGGGCACAGGUGCGGAGCCGCCGCCCGGUUAUAAAUAGCGGGGAGGGGCGGCCUGGCUCCCCCCCCGUGCCCAGUUCCCCCGCCGGGCCUCGGAACGGAGCGGGAUGCGGCGCCCUCCCUCCUCCCGCCCGCCGGCAUCAUGAGCCCGUCCUUCCUCCUUCUCCUCCUCCUCCUCGCCCUGCCCGCCCGCGCCCGGCGGCAGCAGGUGCCCGGCGGGGCGCAGCGGGGCCGCAACGCCCCUGCGCCUUCCUCCUCCUCCUCUUUCUCUUCCUCCUCCUCCUCCCUGGAGGCGGCGGCGGGGCCGAGCCGCUUCCCGCGGAGCCGCCCGGAGCGGCGGCGGGGCCGCCUGUACUGCCGAGUGGGCAUCGGCUUCCACCUCCAGCUGCACCCCGACGGCCGUGUGGACGGCGCCCAUGACGCGAGUCCGCUCAGUAUUUUGGAAAUAUUUGCUGUGUCUCAGGGGAUUGUAGGAAUACGAGGACUUUUCAGCAACAAAUUUUUAGCGAUGUCAAAAAAAGGAAAACUCCAUGCAAGUGUAAGUAACCCCCCUGCUUAUCAGUACGUGUUGUUUAUUUAAGAGCUUGCGACACCUCCUUGUGCCUGUGGCAGCGACGCUCCCGGGCAGGGCCCCACUGUGCUGACCCCCUUGGGCUGCUGGGAUGGCUCCGUGCUGGGCGACAUCGGCGCCGCGCGGACAGAUAGGGGACAGGUGGAGCCGAAGGCCCCCGAGCCCACCUCCCUACUUACUGCAUUUAACCGUGAAAAGCGCGCUUUUUUUUUGUGCAGUGGGGUAUUUGCAUCAGUGGUGCCUGUUCUUUGAGCACGGCUGGGUUAUUUUUAGCCACUUCUGCAGCAGAUCGCGCAGACGGCUUUAGCCAAAUGUCUCCCAGAGAGCAGCACGCGCAGCGCCGGCAGCCCCUGGGCUCUCCCUGGCUUUGCCCUCGGGGACAGAUAAUCCCAGCAAGAGCUCAGGCAGGUGAGGUCCAGCUUUGUGCAGGUGUCUUACAGCUAGAGUGGGAAAAUCCCAGUCACUUGUCUCUGUAGGCUGUUUCCUGGGGUUUCCUGCAGGUCUGAUUGCCCUUUUCCCAAGCCCUUUGCAUUGAAUGAGUCCAUAAGCUGAUUUUACUGCUUGUUGCAACCUCAGGAUAUUGCUGCCCAGUACCUUGUUGUUAGUUCCAGAGAUCGCUUAAACAAAUGACAUGAAUUCCUCUGCUUACACGGAAGUCACUGCCUUUUAAGGGUGUGUGUGCAUUCACCACCACAAGAAGGGCGCUUUGAAGGCAGCAUGUUGUCCCCCAGGCUGGUUCCCAGGGAGUCUGGACAAGGCUGACAGACGUGGAGAGGGAAAAGCCAGUUGCCCACCCCACGGUUCCAAGCCAAACCUCCUGGUCAUGGAGUGGCUGUCACUGAUGUGCUCAUGCUGCCUGAGCCCACAGAUCACUCCCAGGGAGAUUUAUGAACUCCCCUCCCUCUCCCUUAAGUCUUACUGGAGUGUUGCUCCUGAAACCUAAUGAUGCUUAAAGGGUUGAGCACACAGCUGCUUAUUUUAGGAAAUAGAACAUGAGCAGGAACAGUGUCCAGGGGAAAAGGGGUUGAGGAAAACCUGAGGUGAGGCAAUGGGGCAGGAAAGGGGGAUAGAGGAGGAGGAGAUGUGAAGGAUGGAGAGGAGAAGGAAGCAGGUGGAGUGGACCCUCCAGAGCCUUCCCUCCAGGCUUACCAUGGGCCUCUUAUCCAAGCUGAAGCUUUGAUUUAUGCCCUGGCAUAGGCAGAAAUUAAAUCAAACCUCGGUGCAUGGUCAGUUGUGGACACACAAAGGGCAGGACCAGAGAGGGACAUCAGCCACGGGGGUCAGGGUGGGGGGUGAGGACACACGAUGCCCCGCUCGGAUGAAAGCUGUGAAUUUGUAGAAACUUGACCCAAAUGUCUAAAGAUGGUUGGACUAAACAACACCGAUAAUGCAAACCCGGCAUCUGCUGUUCUUUCCUGUCCUGGCAGGAUGAAGGUAUUUCAUGGCCUAAUGAGUUCUGAGCAGUACAAAGUGUGUCCUGCGCCCGUCACUCAGGGCAGCACUUUGAUAUGGGAGUCAGGCCAGGGACUUUACACUGAACCACAGACAAAAGUCAUUCCUGCAGGAAUUUGUGCUUUAUUGAAACCCACUGUUGGGCCCAGCUCCAUCCCAGCUCGGUGCUUUACAG